UGGCCUGCCCAGACUCAGAGCUGCCUACCCUCCUCGCUCUGCUGCAAGAGGGGAGCUGGGAGCCUCCCACACUCACCAGCCCGCCCGCUGGGGGCAGCCUGACCCUGGCUGGUGGGUAAGCCUCCGAAGUGGGGCUUGAAGGGUGUUCCAGCCGCCUGGUCCCACACAGGACCUGCCUCCAGCACCAGGUGGUGACUUCUCAGGGUGACUUUGGGGAGGAAGAUGGCCGCCCAAGUGCUACUGCAGACGGCACUGGCUCUGCUCUUCCUGGUGCAAGGUACCCGUGGCAGGAGCCCCCGCGAAGACUUUCGUUUCUGUGGCCAGAGGAACCAGACAGAGAAGAGUGGCCUCCACUACAAGCAGACAUCAGACCUGCACAUCUCCAUCAAGAACUCGGAGGAUGCCCUCACGAUCCAUGCCCCCUUCACCCCCGUCACCGGGGUUCCCCUGGCCUCCCGACCCUUCCCCGACCCCAGGGGCCUCUACCACUUCUGCCUCUACUGGAACCGCCAUGCUGGGAAAUUUCACCUUCGCUAUGGCAAGACCGACUUCCUGCUGAGUGACCGAGCCUCUGGCCUCCUGUGCUUCCGGCACCAGAAGGAGAACCUGGCCCAGGGCCCCCCGCUGCUGGCCACCUCGGUCAGCUCCUGGUGGAGCCCCCAGAAUUCCAGUCUGCCCAGUGCUGCUGGCUUCACCUUCUCCUUCCACGAUCCCCCCCAGAAGGCCUCCCACAAUGCCUCGGUGGACAUAUGUGAGCUGAAAAGAGACCUUGAGCUGCUCAGCCAGCUUCUGAAGCACCCAGGGAAGACCUCGAGGAGGCCUUCAUCCACCCCUGCCAGCCAGCAGCUGCGGAGCCUGGAGUCAAAGCUGACCUCUGUGAAGUUCACAGGGGACACGCUGUCCUUUGAGGAGGACCUGGUCAAUGCCACAGUGUGGAGGCUCCAGCCCACGGCCAGCCUCCAGGACCUGCACAUCCACUCCAGGCUCGAGAAGGAACAGAGCGAGAUCCGGGAGUACUCCGUGCUGCUGCCGCGGGAGCUCUUCCAGAAGACCAAGGGCCGGAGGGGGGAGGCUGAAAAGAGGCUGCUCCUGGUGGACUUCAGCAGUCAAGCCCUGUUCCAGGACAAGAAUUCUAGCCAAGUCCUGGGUGAGAAGGUCUUGGGUAUCGUUGUGCAGAACACCAAAGUAGCCAACCUCUCGGAGCCUGUGACGCUCACCUUCCAGCAUCAGCCACAGCCGAAGAACGUGACUCUCCAGUGUGUAUUCUGGGUUGAAGACCUGACGUUGAGCAGCCUUGGGAGCUGGAGCGACGCGGGGUGUGAGACCAUCAGGAGAGAGACACAGACGUCCUGCCUGUGCAACCACCUGACCUACUUUGCGGUGCUGAUGGUGGCCUCUGUGGAGGUCGACGCCAUACACAAGCACUACCUGACCCUCCUGUCCUAUGUGGGCUGUGUCAUCUCCGCUCUGGCCUGUGUCCUCACCAUCGCUGCCUACCUCUGCUCCAGGAGGAAGACUCGGGAUUACACCAUCAAGGUGCACAUGAACCUGCUGCUGGCUGUCUUCCUGCUAGACGUGAGCUUCCUGCUGAGCGAGCCCGUGGCCUUGACGGGCUCCGAGGCCGGCUGCCGUGCCAGUGCCAUCUUCCUGCACUUCUCUCUGCUCGCCUGCCUCUCCUGGAUGGGCCUCGAGGGCUACAACCUCUACCGACUCGUGGUUGAGGUCUUCGGCACCUAUGUCCCUGGCUACUUGCUCAAGCUGAGCAUCGUGGGCUGGGGCUUCCCCGUCUUCCUGGUGACGCUGGUGGCACUAGUGGACAUGAACAACUAUGGCUCCAUCAUCCUGGCUGUGCACAGGACUCCGGAGAGUGUCAUCUACCCCUCCAUGUGCUGGAUCCGGGACUCCAUGGUCAGCCACGUCACCAACCUGGGCCUCUUCAGCCUGGUGUUUCUGUUCAACACCGCCAUGCUGGGCACCAUGGUGGGGCAGGUCCUGCGGCUGCGCCCGCACGCCCACAAGUGGCCCCACGUGCUGACGCUGCUGGGGCUCAGCCUGGUCCUCGGUCUGCCCUGGGCCCUGGUCUUCUUCUCCUUUGCUUCUGGCACCUUCCAGCUGGUCAUCCUCUAUUUCUUCAGCAUCAUCACCUCCUUCCAAGGCUUCCUCAUCUUUCUCUGGUACUGGUCCAUGCGGCUGCAGGCCCAGAGCGGGCCCUCCCCGCUGAAGAGCAACUCGGACAGCGCCAGGCUCCCCAUCAGCUCGGGCAGCACCUCGUCCAGCCGCAUCUAAGCCACCAGCCACCUCCGGGAGCCACAUGAGGAACCAGAGCUGCGGCCUCUCCCCACCGCCGCCCGCCGCCCCCCGGCCAGGACCGACACUUGAGGGUCAGCCGGAGACUCGAGAAGAAGGCCCAAGGACCUCAGAGUGAGGGGGCGGGUGCCCUUGGCAGCCAGACCCCCAGUCUGGGCCUUCUCAAUUGGCCCACGGACUGCUUGGCUCUCAGGUCCAGCUCACAGGGGGCUCAGGAGUGGGACCGUCUCCUGCCGUCCUAGCUGGGGGCCGAAGACUGGUCUCAAGUCACUGCCACUGGGCCCCGCCCUCGUGGCUGGGGAUGGGAGCCCUUAUGGCCCCAAGGUCAGGGGCAUGUGAGGCCUGGUGGCAUCGUUGUCCCACAGGACAGGAAUGGGCCGUUAGCUGUUCUGUCUCUGGCAGUCACCAUGAGGACAUGCGGUCGUCCUGCCAUUUUAGCCUGAGAGUGGUACUCAGGGCACGUGGGUGGGUGGGGGCAGAGCUCUGAGCCAGACCCCUGGAGGAGGGGAGUGGGGCAGCGUCUCCUCUACCUCGGAGCCCAGGGCCCUCCAUCACCCUCCCCAUCCCUCCCCCUCCCUCCGCCCAGCCCCAGGGGGGCCCUGAUCCCAAUGCUGUAUUUUGGGUUCUGGUUUCCAAGAGCUGCCUGAUGGCCUGCUGUAAACCUCUGUCUACUGCACGGACUUUUGCCUGCCCUUGACUCAGGCUUCGUAUAGACAUUCUGGGCUGGGCUAGGUCUGUCUGUCCAUCUGGGCCCUUCUAGAAGCUGCAUCACCCUUGCUCACCACUGCCAAGCCCAUCCCUCCUAGGGGCCCUCGGCCUCUCUCAAAGCCCACUUGUGGCCAGAACUGUGGGGCGCAGCGAUGUGGACUUGUUUCUGCCCUGGCACCCCAGAAGACUAAGACAUGUCUCCCCUGGUGACUGUGGCCUAGAGCCCAGUGCGCUCCUAAUGGGUUGGAGCUCCAGGCAUGGGGUUAGCGGAGCCAUCGUUUCUUGCUGGGGAUCCGGGAAGACUUCCUGUAGGAGGCAGCAUUUGAUCUGGAUCUCAGUCUUAAAGACGGGGAAGCCUUUCUUUUUUAAGUACUAUGUCAUUUGUCUUUUGAAUCUAAAGAAAUAGAUGUUUGUUGUAGAGAAUUUGGAAACUGUACAGGAGGACACAGAAGAAAAUAAAAAUCAGCUCUUGUUACCACUUA